AUCUCAUGGCGAAUUAGUCCAACGUGUUAUCAUCUUUAUGGGCAUUCUAUCAUGUAUUGAAAAUUAACGUGUUGACUGCUCUCGCAGGCAUUUGGAUCACCAACUUUUCACUCCUCCUAUAUCUUCUAUUCUAACAUUUCUAUCAGGAAUGUCACGAGACUAUGAUAGACGAAGAGGAGGUAGCGGUAGUGGUAGCAGUUCUAGUAAGUUACGGAUGGAUACCAAUGUAUCACAACCCAGACCGCACGGUGAAAAUUCAGGAAAACGGAGAGAAUUAGAUAGUGUAAUGCGGAAAGCUCGUGAAUCUCAGUCAAGUUAUUGGAAUAAAAAGCUUUUGGAAGUAGAGGAACGCGAUCCAAAUAGAUGGAGACACAGUGGAUAUAAGGAAUUAUAUGUCGGUGGCACAGCAAGUGGAGAACCUAGUAGAGGACAUCCUCGAAGUCCAAGAAGUCCCAGACCUCGAAGUCCCCAUAUACCAAGACCACGUAGUCCUCGAACUAGAAGUCCACGGUCACCUCGCGAUAGAUCACAUACCAGAGGACGACCUACACGCAGUCCAAGCACAGGAAGUACUUGUUCUGAUCGAUCAUGCAGUGUCUGUUCACCAAAGGAAAGGCGACGUAUCGCUCAACCCUCUCCUUCACGUUCAAGAUCACUCACACCAGUUCGAGCUCGAGCACAUCCAAAAGAAAUAGUACCAUCAAGUUCACGAGUAAUACCAGCUCGUACUAGACCAAGAUCACCUCCUUUGCCACGUCCACGUACACCCCCGCCCACACCACAGCCUCCACCACGUCAUCAAAAGGACUAUAAGGCAAUUAAAGAAAAAGAAUCCAAGGUCCGGCGUAAAGAAAAACAUCACACUAGAAUCCCAGAAGAUCCAAGAGUUCCAGAUCCCAUUCCAUUGAUGCGUAAACCUGUAAAGGUAGAAAAAACUCAUUCAAGUCAUGGAACAACUCAAAUGAUUAGGCCACCUCCCGAGUCCUCACCUAGUGAAGACAGUGAUAGUUCUUCCACAACAUCACAUGUGGGUCCACCUAAAAUGACAUUAUCAGAGCGAUUUGGUAAAAUGGCACAAUGGAGUGUCGAUCGUAGGGACAUGGAAAAUAUGCGGAUCACAAAGGAUGGAGAAAAUGCGAUGAAAGUUGUAAUAGAGGGUGAAGAGAGAAUUGCAAGACUAGGAUACGAUUCUCCACCACCAGGACAUUAUCCUGAAUCACUUUUAGCACAAGGUCCAAGAGGUCUAGAAUGUUGGGAUGAUGUUCGUGUUAGAUAUGAUUAUUAUAAAGCAAGAGGAUAUCUACGAGAUCUUACUUUAGAUGAUUACAUAAAGUGGGAAGAAUGGUGGUACAAAUAUCAAGAAUGGUUAGAAGCAGAACGUUUUUAUGAACAAUGGACCUCUUCAAAUCGUCCUUCUGGAACUCGAAAGAGACGCGGGCGACGUAAUAAUACAGCUCAUUGAAAUUGCGUAAGCCCAUUACAAAUCAUUCUUGAUUCAUAGACAUUAUCAUUAAUAUUUGUUGUCCUUAGAAAGGAGUGCAAAAAGUGUGUAAAUGCUCUAUACAGGCAUACAUGCAUUCAUAUAGAAAACAUACGCUGUUAAGACGUAUAUAUAAAUAUAAAUAUAUUAUAAUAAAAUGACUGUGCUGUAAAAACCUCAUUUUCGUCGAUCUAUCAAGUAAAGAUUAAUUUACAAGA